AUGUCCAAGACGGAUAUUACGCUCAUUGGAGUCGGCAACAUCGGCGCCGCAAUGGUGAAAGUCUGGGUGAAUGCUGGACUAACCGUCACCAUGUGGAACCGAAACCAUCAACGGCCAUCUCUCAACGAGCUCGUCGAACAAGGCGCCGUUCUUGAGACAGACAUCCAAGCAGCUAUUCAAAACAGCAACGUAGUUGUAUUGUGCGUCUCAACCUACGACAACAUCAUGGAUGUCCUCGCACGUGCUCUUCCCUUAGGCGAAGGGGAACGCUCAGUCUCGGUCAUCAAUAUCACAACUGGAACUCCCAAGGAAGCUCGCGACAUGGAGACAUUCUUGAAGAAGAACGGAGUCACUGCGUAUUUUGACGGUGCCAUCAUGGUGACGCCGGCCUUGGUAGGCACCGAACACGCUUCAAUGUUUUUCAGCGGCGAGAGCGAGGGCGAGUUCGGCAAGAUAUCUCGGCGUUGUCUGGAGCCGCUGGGACAAGUCCACUACAUCUCUGAGGAUUCUGGAGCAGCAAGCUUAUGGGAUCUCGCAGCCCUAGCUGCCUUGUAUGGAACCUUCACCGGUGGUAUCGUUGCUCUCAACCUGCUCAAACGCCAAAAGCCGAGAAAGAGCAACGUGAAACCCUCGACAACCAAGGAACCGAUGGAAAAGAUCGUAUUGCCGCUGCUUUCGACUUUCUUAUCCCAUCUGUCCGAUGUUGCCCAAUCUCUGGAUGAGGGAACGUGGGAAGAAAACUUUGGGAAUCCAGCCUCGAUGCAGAUCAAGGGGCUCGAGACGAUUUUGAGAGGCUUUCACGAAGAGAAUGUCAGCAGCGAAGGACUCGAACUUUUCCAUCGCAUGCUGAAGAGGUGCAUUGGAGAGGUUGGAAAGAAUGCCGGCUUGGCUAAGAUGGGAACGUACCUACAUCAGUAA